ACAUGCAGGUUAUAAAAGUAGCUUUCCUGCAAAAGACGUUUUAGUUUGAAAUUAGUGAUUGUGAGGUGCGCACUGUAAAAUGAAUGAGUUGAAAUCACAUCGGAGAUUAUGGAUAUUCUUCAUACUGGUGUUGCUCGUAUACACAUUUGUUGUUUGGAAUAUUGGAAAAUCUCAGAGUUACACUGUGGAAAUUGUUCAGCGGAUCUCAGGAAUUGAAUAUCCAGCUCCUGAUCGAAGAUUUUUAAUUGAUCUCCGGGAUUUCGAUUACAUCAUUAACCAGAAAUCUUGUCGGCAGUUGAAAAUGCAGCCCAAGUUCAUCAUUCUCAUACACAGUGCUCCGAGGAAGAGAGAAAACCGGGAUAACAUCCGACAGACCUGGGGAGGAUGGAAACUCGAUCACAGAGUCCUCUUCCUUCUUGGAACUGUGGACUCUGAGGAUCUUCAGAACGAGAUUCAGAGUGAAAGUGACUUUUUUGGAGAUAUUGUUCAGGGAAACUUUGUGGAUUCUUACAAAAAUCUAUCGUACAAACACGUUAUGGCUAUGAAAUGGGCCACAGAAUUCUGCCCAGAAACUCAAUUCAUCUUCAAAUCUGACGAUGAUAUUUUCGUAAAUACACCACUUAUUUCGCAAUUUGUUCAGAAACUUGGUAAUGUAACAGACUUCAUUCUGUGUGUUAUAAAUGGUGGACAACCGGUAGUUCGAGAAAAGAAUACUAAGUGGUAUGUAUCACCUGAGGAAUUCCCCAAUGAUACUUAUCCGGUUUAUUGUUCUGGAUGUGGAGUUUUACUGACUACAGAUGUGGCCCGGAAACUCCACAAAGCUGCCGAAUCCACCCCUUACUUGUUUGUGGAUGAUGUUUAUGUUCUUGGAAUUCUUAGAGAGAAGAUUGGUGCUCGAAUUAGUCCUAUUGGAGACCUUCACAUGGGAUCAGAUAAAUCAGACGAUAUGUUUGCCAAAAAGAAAAAUAUUACAGAUGUAAAUUUCUAUAUGUUCACCUACGAGCUAACUAACCAGCAAAUAGGUCAAUUUUGGGAAGUAGUAUACGAUUAUAUGAGUAAAGGAUACUACAAAAAAGAAUUUUCAAUGACUUAUUAGGGUUUUAAAUCUGAAUAUAUAUUUUUCUAGAAGUAUUAUAAGUAUUAAAAUUUAAAAUACAGUGAUUAAUUGAAAACGAUUUUCCUUCAGAAGAGCCUUUAAAAUUUAAAGAAGAAAUUAUAAGUUAGAAAUUUGUAAUGGUGGAACUUGAUUCUAAAUUUGGAAUUCCAUUAAUAAAAAUUCUGAAUUCAAGGGAACUAUAGAACGUAAAACCUUUAAAGAGGGAAAUAUUAUAGAAAAAAUGU